UGCUUUGGCGGUUUUUCCUGUUUCCGUGUUCGGAAGUUUAAAAAAACUAUUCCCGGUGAAGUAGCAGAAAUUUAAUUCAUCCGUUUUUAGCUACUACUGUCAACAAACCAAGAACAUGGUUCAAGAGUUUCAUGUCCUAAGGUGCUAUUCAUGCCAAACCUACCAAGUACAACAGGUGAAAAAGAGUAAAAAAUGGAACUGCAAGAUGUGUGGGGAAAAGCAAUCUGUCCUCAAGGAGUUUGGUCGUGGUUCUGGAGUGGAUUGCAGACGUCAUGUUCAGAAGCUCAAUGCAAGACGUGGGGAGAUGCUUGAACAGGACCAAAAAGCCUGGUCACAAUGGAAGGAGGUGGGCGAUCUUGCCGCAGAACAACUGGCCGAGGGAGUUGAAGGGGGUGGCAGCCACAAUUCCGAAGAGGCUCAAGGAAGUCGUUGGACGAAGUACCACCAGACGACCGACGAAGACAGUGCUGAUGAAGAGGAAGAGAAUGUUUACAUGGACAGAAACCGUCUUCAUGGUGACAGAAAUCUCAGAAAGCUGAAGAGGGGUAGAGAAGAGAAUGAGUCCCAGCAAUCACAUCUUAAUGGAGAAGAGGACCCCGUUCCCCCUACGAGCUGGACGCUCCGAGGAAAGACCGCUAAGACACAACAUAACGGACAUCCCAGCUUGUUGGCCCCUGCAGACUGGGCCCCUAAACAGUCCGGUGUCUGCAGACGACCAGUCCCAGCUUACAGUGAACCCCAUAAUGUGUCUGCACCACCCUCCACUACGGGGCGUAACACCUUUUCAACACCAACUGUAGUCUCUAACAGAGUCAUCACAUCCCAACCUUAUGGGUCCUGUGGCACUGAAGUCUCACACAACUCCAAAUGGGCCCAGUUCCUGACUCCGGCCGAGGAGCGUGGUAGCGCUACCACAACGCCCGAAGACGACUUCCAAACCAUUGGCUCAGUGGUCUCAGAUGUUCCAGAAGAUUUGCAUGAGGUGCUGGUGGACCAGAGCUGUACCAAGCCCCCCACAAAAACAUCGGGAUGUGUUUCGUUAUUGGCUGGAGGUAGUGGUUUUCUGGGGAAGACAUUUGAUAGGCUGAAGUCCACUGUCACUCGUUGUGGAUUUGGGGAGACAGACAAUAGUGGAGGGGCCGGCCAUGCACUGUUAUCUAAAGAGAAGGAAGUGCUUGUUUGUCCCCAGCCUCUGCCCACCACGCGCCCGUGCUCUGCCCUCUCCCUGGGGACCCUGUUCUGCACGGAUGACGACUUUGAUGACACAUUCUAAAAGCCAUGUCAUGGUGGCUGUGUGUCUUUGCAUAGAUGUCAUGUGAAUACCCUGUAGCCUAGUGGUUGACUCCACUGCCUUGUCGGAGUCUUCCUUAAUGUUUAUUUCGGUUGUAUAUUUUAAUCGGUAAUGUUUCGAUUCUUCCAAAUGUAAACUCUGGACAGUGUGUUCAAUAAUAAAUGUCAUUCCAGGCA